AUGGUUAACCUUAGCCACGCGAGGAAUCUCCUCAUGCAGCUGAGGAAGGGAUGCCAGCACCCGUACCUAUGCGAGCCCGAGCUGGAGAACAUGGAGCUCUCAGAAGAGGAACAGCACAAACGCCUCGUUGAUGGCAGCGGCAAGCUCCUCUUCCUCAAACAACUGCUCCCACGCCUCAAGGCAAGAGGUCACCGUAUCCUCCUCUUCAGCCAGUUCAAGAUAGCACUGGAUCGAGUCGAGGACUUCCUGUGGGGCGAAGGCUACAAGUAUCUGCGACUCGAUGGUGAGGUCGCCCAGGCAACACGUCAAAAGGACAUGGACAAGUUCAAUGCGCCAGACUCGGACUACUUCAUCUUCCUCCUCACCACCCGCGCUGGUGGUGUAGGUAUCAACCUCGCAUCGGCCGAUACUGUGAUCCUCUUCGACCCAGACUUCAAUCCCCAGAUGGACCUUCAGGCAAUCUCGCGCAGCCACCGUUAUGGACAGACCAAACCAGUGCUGGUGUUCAAACUUAUGACCGAGAACUCCGUUGAAGAAAAGAUGAUCAACAUGGGCAAGCGCAAGCUGGUCCUCGACCACCUCGUCGUCCAGAAGAUGAACGAUGAGAAGGAGGAAGGCGAGGUCGACAACCUCAUCCUCUUUGGCGCGGAGGAGAUUAGCAAGAUGGCCGAUGACGACUCGACGGCCCACCUCUGGACGCCUCAAGAGAUCGACACGCUGAUCGAAGGCGCUGAACAGGAAGCGAAGGAACAAGCGGCCGAGCUCGAGGCCCAACGCGCAGCCAAGGAUGCGAGGGAAGGCUCAGAGGAAAACGAAAGCGAACGCAAGCAGGGCGGGUUCGCCUUUGCACGCAUCUGGGAGACCAAAACGGGCGGACUCAAAGACGCCGAUGAGGAGGAGACCGACGUCCCGGAUUUCGACGACAACAGCUGGGCUCAGUUUCUCAAACACGCCGAGGAGGCAGAGGCUAUCCAGGCGGCUAAAGAGCUUGAGCUGGGCCCUCGUAAACGUGCAGCUGCUCGCAAGGCCGUCAACUACAAUAUUGAUAAUGACCCGUUGACUUUGGCUGAGAAAAGGCGGCCGAAGAAGGGCAAGGGAAAAGACAAGCACAAGUCGGCCAGCAUCAUCGUCGAUUCCGACACCGACUUCGCCCCCGCUGCCACCUCUGAUGGUGACGAUGACGACGACCUCAUUGAUGACUCGGUACCGGAGAACCUCGCAGACCUCAGUGUCGACGAGAGACACUUCCUUGGAACGACCGUCACUGGAAGGGUCAAGCUCACAAACCACGAGCGCUACCUCCUGACCCGGUACCGUCUGCAACAACAAGCGGCUGCAACGCCCGGCAUCCAGCCGCAGGAGGGCGAGGCCGGACCAGGACCAUCUACCACUCAACACAAGGCGAAUGAUGUUCCCGUGGUCUCUCCGCAACUACAGCCUUCGAACGCCCUGGUACACGUCCCUGCUCCACAACCUGUUGGCCCAAUGGCAAAUGGACGCGCUGUGGUCCAUCAACCUGAGCAACGGCCCCAGCCCCACUGGCCUAUGGAGCCACGACCUGUUCUGCCAGGACCCCACCCAGCCAACCCACCAGCCAUGGACGACCCCGCGGUUUGGGUGGCAUCCGCACGCGACACUCUGAGAAUGAUGCGCGAACUGUUGAAGGAUCUGCCGAACCUGCUCCGGGAGUGGAACAGGGUGCUCUAUGUCGACAAUGACUGGAGACAGCGCAUCAUGACCUAUGACAAUUUGGCCAUGUGGGCCGACAACCAGUUGGCCGCCCGCCGUCUAAACCCCCACUUUACAAUCCCCCAGGUCCGCCAGACAGUCGAGCUCCGCAGCCUCGUCCAGCCGUUGCCGAUCCUCCCCCCCAACACCCUCCCCAACACCCUCCCCAACACCCUCCCCAACGUCCUCUUCAAAUUGCACAACCACCUGUUCAACACCGACCUGCUCAGCAACCUGUUCAGCACCCUGCUCAGCGACCUAUUCAGCAACCUGUUCAGCAACCUGAUCAGCAACCUGCUCAGCAACCUGUUCAGCAACCUGUUCAGCAACCUGUUCAACAACCUGCACAACGGCUGCCCGUCCAGCAGAACCAACGGUGUCGCUGCUCCUCUGGUGAACGGCGCGGCCUCCUCUGCGGCCGCUGCUGCUUCUGCUUUGCCCUCGUCUGCACCAUCACCACGACACCAGUCGGGAACCUCUACUCCUCGUGCGGCUAUUCCUUUAUCCGAUAAAACGCCGCGUCCCAGCCUCGCUCAACCUCAGCCAGAGUCUUCUACCCACGUUCUCCAGUUGGGAGACUCGUCCAGGUUCCACCCCGGCACUGCGACAGCCAUGGCCAACGAGUUGUCCGAGAUCCCAUGUUACUGGUGCCAGCAGAACCACACCUUGGUUGAAUGCCCGCAGCUGACACCUCUCAACGAGCUCGAGACAAUUGAAAAGCAGAUCCGUGCCACCGUCCUUGAGAAGGAAGAACAGGAGAAGGGCUUGAUGGCAAUCACGCUCAUGGUCAACGCCCACACCGAACGCUACAGGCGUGAGCGUGAGAAGAACGCCCCCAAGCGUCGCCGGUCCACCAAGGGAACUACCAACGGCGACGCAAUCGUAAUCGACAGCGACUCGGAUCCUUCCAAGAAACGUCACAAAGCCAACCGCCAGGACGACGACGAUGUUCAGGGGUGCAUUAUCUGUGGCAGUGCAAAGUUGCACAUUGCCGCACGCUGCCCCGUCGUCCUGGCUGGAGCUGAGAGCAUUGAGGACCCAGACGAGCCUGUGUGGGCCAUCUUGAGCACCCUCCACAGGGCGCGACUCACUGGCAAGGCUGCCCGAAGUCUGCCCAAGUGCCCCUACUGCGGAGGAUCAUGUGGGAUGACGGUGCGCCAAUGCGCCGAGGCUCGCGGUUCGCGCAAGGACCUCAAGCACAAGAUUCGUGACUUGGAAAAGCCCCUCGGCGAACUGGAACGCAACCUCGCCGACUUGAAGAACCUCCAAAAGUCGUUCGCAGCCCAAGGUGGAAGCAGUAAUACCGACAUUCAGAGGAGGCAGAGUGUGGCGACCGACAUCCAACGCGUCGAAGGACACCUCCAGCGCGUCCACGCCGCCGUGGACCCCCUGUACGAAGCGUAUUUAGAGGGCAAGCCUGCCGACGCCUCGUGA